GAAGUAUGUGAUUACAGUUUUCUGGUUGAAGUCUGAUGAUCUAAUCAUUUUAUUGAAAUUCAUUUUGGUUGUUCAGAUUUGUGGGCUUGUUUAUUCAAAGGUUUUCUACCGUGGGGGUACUCUUCUGCAUCAUUAAGUAAGAUAAUUCUCAUUAUCCAGUAAUGGCAUCAAGAUCAUCUGUAAAUUUUUUAGACUUGGCUUCUGGAGGUCUGUUGGAUAUUCCUCACACUCCAAGAGGUCUUCCUCGGGUGAUGACUGUUCCUGGAAUUAUCUCUGACUUGGAUGGUUAUGGCAAUAAUGAUGAGGAUUCAGAUGUUAGCUCAUCUAGUAGUCGUGAGAGGAAGAUUAUAGUGGCAAAUAUGUUACCAUUGCAUGCUAAAAGGGAUGCAGAAUCUGGCAAAUGGUGCUUCAGCUUAGAUGAGGAUUCCCUUUUGCUACAUCUGAAGGAUGGGUUUUCCUUGGAGAGUGAGUUUAUCUAUGUGGGGUCUCUCAAGGUUGACAUUGAUCCAAGUGAACAGGAAGAAGUUGCACAGAAGCUGGAGGAUUUCAAUUGUGUGCCAACGUUUCUGCCUCAUGACCUGCAGAAGAAGUUCUAUCUUGGAUUCUGUAAACAGCAGUUGUGGCCGCUUUUUCACUACAUGCUGCCCAUGUGCCCAGACCAUGGUGAUCGUUUUGACCGUUUACUUUGGCAGGCCUAUGUUUCUGCUAACAAAUUAUUUGCAGACAAGGUGAUGGAAGUAAUUAAUCCUGAUGAUGAUUAUGUUUGGGUUCAUGAUUAUCACUUGAUGGUUCUUCCGACAUUUUUGAGAAAACGGUUCAACAGAAUUAAGCUUGGAUUCUUCCUCCACAGUCCAUUUCCUUCUUCAGAAAUAUAUAGAACAUUACCUGUUCGAGAUGAAAUCCUGAGGGGCCUGCUGAAUUGUGAUCUUAUUGGUUUUCAUACAUUUGAUUAUGCGCGUCAUUUCUUAUCCUGCUGCAGUAGGAUGCUGGGCCUUGACUAUGAAUCUAAGCGUGGACAUAUUGGACUUGAUUACUUUGGCCGGACAGUAUAUAUCAAAAUACUGCCGGUAGGUGUUCAUAUGGGUCGGCUUGAAUCUGUAUUGGAUCUUCCUUCUACUUCUGCUAAAGUUAGAGAGCUUCAAAAACGAUUUGAUGGGAAAAGUGUGAUUCUUGGUAUUGAUGAUAUGGAUAUAUUUAAGGGUAUUAGUCUGAAACUACUGGCUCUUGAACAUCUAUUACAGCUGCAUACCAAAAUGCAAGGCCAUAUAGUCUUGGUUCAAAUUGUUAAUCCUGCAAGGAGCUCUGGGAAAGAUGUCCAGGAGGCAAGGAGAGAAACUUAUUUAACUGCUAAAAGAAUUAAUGAGGUUUAUGGGUCACCUGAUUAUGAACCAGUGAUUCUGAUUGAUCGUCAUGUUCCUCGUUAUGAAAAGUCUGCUUAUUAUGCUAUAGCUGACUGCUGCAUAGUAAAUGCUGUGAGGGAUGGGAUGAACUUAGUUCCAUAUAAAUACAUUGUCUGCAGGCAGGGAACUCCAACUUUGGAUGCAGCUAUUGGCAGAUAUGCAGAAUCUCCUCGUACAAGCAUGCUUGUUGUGUCUGAGUUCAUUGGUUGCUCACCUUCUUUAAGUGGAGCAAUUAGGGUCAACCCAUGGGACAUUGAGGCUGUAGCUGAGGCCUUACAUCUAGCUGUGUGCUUGUCUGAUUCUGAGAAGCAAUUGCGGCAUGAGAAACACUAUCGGUAUGUCAGCACUCACGAUGUGGCUUAUUGGGCACGCAGCUUUGCACAAGAUUUGGAGAGAGCAUGCCAUGAUCAUUAUAGUAAACGGUGCUGGGGGAUUGGUUGGGGCUUGGGUUUCAGAGUGGUAUCUCUAUCUCCUAGUUUUAGGAGGUUGUCUAGCGACCAUAUAGUCUCAGCAUACAAAAGGACAAACAGAAGGGCAAUAUUUUUGGACUAUGAUGGUACAGUUGUUCCCGAAACUUCUAUUAUUAAGUCCCCCAGCCCUGAAGUCAUUGAUAUCCUGAAAACUCUUUGCAGUGAUCCUAAGAACACUGUGUUUAUUGUUAGUGGGCGGGGGAGAAAAACUCUCAGUGAUUGGCUUGCUCCAUGUGAGAUGCUGGGAAUAGCUGCUGAACAUGGAUACUUCAUAAGGUGGAGUAAAACAUCUGACUGGGAAACCAGUCACCCAGGUGCUGACCUUGAAUGGAUUAGGAUUGUGGAACCUGUCAUGAAAUUGUAUACAGAGGCAACGGAUGGCUCUAGUAUAGAGACUAAAGAGAGUGCUUUGGUAUGGCAAUAUCAAGAUGCAGACCCUGACUUUGGGUCCUGCCAGGCGAAGGAAAUGCUGGAUCACCUGGAAAAUGUUCUGGCGAAUGAACCAGCAGUUGUUAAGAGGGGUCAACAUAUUGUUGAAGUUAAGCCUCAGGGUGUAACCAAAGGUUUGGUUGCUGAAAAGGUUCUUCUGCAAAUGGUCAAUAGUGGGAGGCCACCGGAUUUUGUGAUGUGUGUUGGAGAUGAUAGAUCUGAUGAAGAUAUGUUUGAGAGCAUACUGAAUACCCUCUCUAGUCAUUCCUUGCCUGCACCUCCUGAGAUAUUUGCGUGCACUGUUGGGCGAAAACCAAGCAAGGCCAAGUAUUAUCUUGAUGAUGCUGUUGAUGUUGUGAAAAUGCUUAAAGGUCUCGCAGAUGCCACAAAUUCAAAGCCUAGGUAUCUUGCACAAAACCAGGUCUCUUUUGAGAGUGCUGUUUGAGUUGUGAACUGCAGAAAUUUAUCAGUUCCGUUAUCCAUAUACAGGAAUCCUUUAAUUGCUUGAAGGGGUUCUGCCCCGUAAUCUAAGAAAAUUUUUGGUCGAUAAUUUCGGUGGAAUAUGAUGAAGGGUGGAACUUUGGUGAUGAAAUUUAGAUUUUUGCUGAGCUCCUGUUCCUAAAGACUUUAGUUUGGGUUGAACUUGAAGAAUGUAAUCUGUAGUGACUUGGUCCGGAUCGAGGUAGACACAAGAAUCUUAGCGAUAUGUUGUGUUGACAUGGAUUAUGUACCCUG